CAUUGCCAAUUGUCUUAUCACAAGAAAAACAACGACUCGUCUUAACUACGAAACAGUUUGAACAGAAAACAUCCUCACCACUCCUCUUGUUGGAGCUGAACUGGUACCUACGGUAGACGUUAUACCUCUGAGACCCGAGAUUGAGCUCUUGCUAUACAAACGGUCAAUAGAACUUCUCCAUCAGCGUUUCACAAGUAUUGUUACCACAAAGCAGCAAUAUCGUCACAAAAGUGACUUUUGGAACUUGGGAUCCACCAGCUCACCACCCCACUCCGUUGCCCAAAAUGGCCAACAACACCAUCACCCCCUCCAGCUCCGAGCCGGAAAUGACCCAAGUCAAAAGUUACGGCGCCACCACCCUCGUCACCGCCGAGCAGACCACCUCCAACACCAGCGGCGCCGCUCCCAACAACAAUGCUGUCCUCACCGGCCUUGACGAACCUGACCUCGUCGCCCUCGGCAUCCAAAAGCUCGAAGCGCAAAACGUGCACUGGUACUCGUACCUCCUGACCGUUGACUUCUGGCUGGUCAUCCUCAUCGGGCAAAUUCUCUCUCUCUGCAUCACGGCAACCAACACCUUCUCCUCUUUCCUCAGCGAACUGGGAACCUCGAUCCCCGCCAUCCAAACCAUCUUUGUCUACGCCUUGAUCUUUCUCGUCUACUUCCCGAUUGCCCUUUACAAGACCGGCGGCCCUCGCAAGUUCUUUGAGCAAACCUGGCGCAACAGCUGGAAGUACAUCAUUCUCAGUUUUCUCGAUGUCGAAGGCAACUAUUUCACCGUCCUGGCCUACCGCUACACCAACCUCUUGUCAGCACAACUCCUCAACUUCUGGUCCAUUGUCUGCGUCGUCAUCAUCUCCUUUGCCCUCCUCAAAGUGCGGUACAAAUGGUUUCAGAUCGGGGGCAUCCUGAUUUGCUGCGGCGGCAUGGGCAUCCUGCUGGCUUCGGACCACAUCACCGGUUCCAACGGAGGUCCCGGAGUGAACAUGCUGAAGGGCGACCUCUUUGGCCUCUUGGGCGCCACCUUGUACGGAAUCUCCAAUGUCUACGAAGAGUGGUUCGUUUCCAAACGGCCCGUUUACGAGGUUCUUUCCUUCCUGGGCUUUUUCGGCGUCAUCAUCAACGGCGUCCAGGCCGCCAUUUUCGACCGACAGGCCGCCACGGACGCUACCUGGAACGGCCCUGUGGCCGGCUACCUAGUCGGUUACACCUUCGCCAUGCUGAUUUUCUACUCCCUCGCUCCCCUGAUCUUGCGCAUGGGCAGCGCCGCCUUUUUCGAUAUUUCCCUUUUAACGGCCAACUUCUGGGGCGUCAUUGUGGGUGUCAAGGUGUUCAAGUAUGUCAUUCACUUUAUGUAUCCGAUUGCGUUUGUGUGCAUUAUCUUGGGACUGGUGGUGUAUUUCCUGGCUGGAAGCGUGCUGGGCGAUUCCAAGAAGCCGUGGUUGGGCGCAGAUCAGAGUGAGGGUGUGGCGGGCGUGGGAACCGCCAAGUUAAAGGCGUUGAAUGCGGCGAGGCAGAAGGCCCUGGCUGAUGGGGAGGCUGGGGCGAGGGUGUGAUUGGACAUUUGGGGCAUGUGAGGGGGCGAGGGUGGGUGUGAGUGAAUGAUCCAAGCGGGACGAAGAGGGUGUGAACAAUGGAUGAAGAGUCUUUUCCGAUAAGGAGUGGUUGUCUCGAUAACUUCUUGUCAGAAGGAGUUGAGUUGAUUGGAGGACAGUUGGGA